UUUAUUUUUAGGCACCUAAGUAAAUAAUACAACUUCAAAACAGGUGAGCAGCCAGCACAUUUCAUUGACUGCUUAUUUUGACUGUUUUGUUAGACUUUCAGCUUGUCCUCACGCUGUUUGUUAAAUACUGGGAGUAAUUCUUUGUUGUUUACCAUUACUUAAAAAGCCCCGAGAUACCACUGGUGAGAAGAGCAGCUGGAGCUGGGAGUUGACAAAGCUGUAUAUUCUUCACGUCUCUUGUCUUUGCUACUUAUGCCCUGUGUAAAUAGCAAAGUAAUGUGAUGUCGUAGCAGCAGUGUGCUGCUUUGUGCAGUGUACGCAGGGACAAGCAACUGCAGGAGGAUUAGACUGUGAAAUAAAAUGGUGCUGCUAUGCCCACUUUGCACCACACAAGACGGUGAACAACUGCAUCAAUAAAGUCUUUUUGAUUAAAACUAAUGCUUUGUGUUUUAGCCAGUGUUGAGCCUAUUAAAAAAACAAUCAGCUUUUUUUCGAUCAGACCAUGCCUGGAAGAACUUGAAGAGCUCCUUCUCUGCAGUUCUCGCCUUGCACCCUCAGCUCUGCUCCUGAGAUCUGCUAGUAAAGGCAGUGCAGUGCAGCAGCAGCGUGCCGGCCAGCAAGCCAAGAAAUGGUCUCCAAAUGGACGUUGGAAAUGCCAAGUCUGCUGUGGGGUGUGCUGCUACAUUAUAGUGUAUGUCGCUCAUCCCAGACAAUUGACAGAUUGAUUGUAGGUCUGCAAUAGAUGAGGAUUCAGUAUUUGUAUAUCAUGCAUUUAAAAAGGCAGGGGAAGGGUUAUCAUCUAUAAAUAAUGUGAUUUGAUUCCCUGAAGCAAAAAUGUUCGUCAUCUAUAAAUAAGAUGAUUUCAUUCACUAGAGCCAUUGUGAUACAAUUUUACAACAGGACUGAGCCAUUUUUAUUGAUCACUACAAAUCAAUUGUGUUGUUGCAUAUAUAUUGGUACAAAACACCACCCCAUCACAUUUAUGACUCUGCUACAUCAGUACAUGUGGAAUGUUCUGUAUCACUGCAUAUUUGUUUAAUCAAGCUAAUAUUUCAUCUGCCUUGUUGAAGUGAUAAUGUGGUAAGAACAAACUCAAAUUACUGAAAAUCUUCAACCUAUUCAUUUCUGAUCAAAGAGCUAGCUGAGGGACUUAGACUCUUUAAGUUACACAAAGAUUCUUUCUCUCUUUUCUAAACAUUAGAUUUUGCAGAACAAAAAGAAAAUCUCCACUUUAGGCAAAAACAUCUUUUGGCACCACAGAAUUCACUUACAAGUUUCACCUUUCAGUCCUUGAGAAGAGCUAGUAGAAUUGGCUACGGAAAUCACUUUUCUUCCACGGGCUUUUUGCAUUCUCUGCUUUGUUUGCCUUUCUAAGGACUCAGUGUGGAAGAUCUCUCUUUCUCCAAGUCAGACAAUCAUCCCAAGGAAAUGGACUUCUCUGGCUGUGCUUUAGUAAAGAGAGUGAAUGCAACUACAUACCACAGCAGGGAGACAGAGUUCAACAGUUCCUCGAAUUUGGAUGAUAUCUCUUUGUUCUAUUUGCUGGAAGAAUGGGCUUUCAACCCAAGAAGCACAAACAUGAAGAUGUUCUUAAUCCCUCCAGUUGUCUGCCUCACAGCAGGUGUCCUCAUCAUUCCUACCAUCUUGUUUGUGAUCUUCUCUAGGUUUCGCAUUCGUCAGGAAACAAGGUACAUGCUGCUGGGAAAUGCUCUGCUUUCUGAUCUGAUCUAUCUGUUGUUCUACACUCUGUCAGCUGCUCUCAACGCAGCACAUGUACAUCUCCCAAAGGAAGCUUGCAUCCUCCUAUUAUUUUUGCUGGCAGUGGCUUACUGCGGAGGAUUGUUCACAGCUGCUGCAAUAGUCUUGGACACAUACGUAGCAAUUUUGUUUCCUUUGCGCUACGUUGCUAUUUUGCCUCCUUCGCGAACUAAAAAAAUUAUUGUAUUACUAUGGAUGUAUUCUGGGGCUUUCCCUGGGAUUUUCUUCUUGGUGCUAUCGAGCACUCACAGCUUUGUGCCCUGUGUCCUGGAAAUGUGCUCGGUUCCAGUAAUACUAAUACUAACCCUGAAUGGGACUGAUGCUGUGAAACUCUGUUUCUGGCUUUCUACCACAGUUAUCUUUCUCUGCUUGUCUCUAAUAUUUUGUUGCUAUGCUAUUCUGUAUUUUAAAACCAAACAGUCGGGUAUAUGGGAAAGCAUCUGCUCCAGAGCCAGUGUAACAUUCUUAAUGCACAACACUGUGUUAUUUUUUUACUUCUUUCCACUCUUGGCCCUUUUUGUAGAGUCAUUCUUGUGCAUUAAUGUUUUCAUCAGACUGCAGACAGGAAUCUGGGUCUCCCUGACAGUCUGCAACAUCCUGAUGAUUCUGCCUAAAGUUUUGUUCCCUUUUCUGUAUGGGCUUCGAUACAGAGAGAUCUCAGCAUCUCUCAAAUCCAUUGUCAGAAGGAAGCAUCUUCACCUGGUGUCACCUGCUCCAUCACCAUCCUGAGCCAAUGCAGAGCACAGCCAUGGCAGAGGAGUUGUCCUGUCCUUGUUAGCAUGCAAGCCUGAUGGAAAUCACUCAACUUCUGAAGAAAUGAUCUGAAGGAGUGACCAACCCGUGUCUUCUCUGAUAUAGGCUGAUCACUGUGCCUCUUUGGUGCUAGAAGGUCACAGAUCUUUUAUCGCAUCACAGCUGAAAGUAUGGUGAAUGCUACCCUGGACAAAGUUCUAACCUUUGUUCUGAUGCGGGAAGGCAGUAUCCUUCAGAGGAGAUACUGAAUCAAGAUUAUUUUCACCUGCAUGGCAGAUGGCUUUCUGGAAACUUAAAAAAAAAAAAAUAGUGCAAAGUAAAGGGUCUCUUGACAGCAUCACCUACAGCAGAAAAGAUCUUUAACCAAACAUGCUGUAAACAGAACGGCUUUUUCUUGCACUUACUGAAUUCCUGCAAGGUUGGUGGCCAAUGUCCUAUUCUUUAAAACAUACACUGGGAGGUGCCUCUGGAAACUACUGUACUCAGUGAAGCACUGUGCUUCGUCUCGCGCAGCGUGCUAGCGCAUUAGCUGCCUUAUGGAUUCUGUCUGACAAUCCGCAAACCGCUGAAGUUUUGUAAGCUCUCACUCCGGUGGGAUGCCACUGUUGAGCAGCAUCUGCUGGGCAGCCCUGCCAGCUGACUGUCCGGAGGUAUCAGAGACGGCUGGGCUGCUCAGUGGGGGAGAGCGAGCCAGGAGCAGCCGGUGGCAGUGCCUCCCUGCGGGGUGCUGUGCCGUGCUGGGUGAACCGAGUGGGGGGCUGUGGGGAGCCCGGGGCAGCCCAGAGCCCUGAUUCCCUGCUGGGUCCGUACGGAUGUGACCAGGCCAAGGCUGAGCCCAGCAGCAGAGCAGGAGCAGCACUGUGUGCUGUGCGGCUGGGUACAAAUGUACCCAUAGCGUGGCUCCGACAUGACCUGGGGCACGGGACUCGGCAUAAACAUAAACACUCCUUCUGAGGCCCUGCCGAGGCACCUCGCAAUGCUGGCUCACAAAAAUCUGCUGUAGCAGACUGCUCCCAGGUUGCAACUGCACGGUAUCAGAGCAGGUGUUGGGUACCUGCCAUCAAACCACGGGAAAGCCAGGAGGAGAGGCUGCAGAGCCUGUUGAUGUACUUAAAGGCAAGAAAGAUUUUAUCUUGUAAGAUCCUUGAAGGUUUUCCAAAUCAGCCACCUACCUGUAGAAGAUGAGUGAAAUGCAUUUCUGAUUUUAAAGAAAUCAAAAUUUCAUUAGACAUAAACAUCCAUGUGGGAAAUGUAAAUUGCAGUGCUGUUCGUUGGACUUCAGGAAAGAUUUUGUAUGUCUAAAGAUAGUAUUUUUAGAAUGUGUUACUUUUUAUACAAAAAAUACAUUGGACAUUAAAAAAAAAGGGGGGGGGGGGACAUUAGAAAAUGGCCUCUGAUUCUACUCUGCCCAGUAUUUUCCUUGUGUGCAGACUCUCUCCGCCUUUUGUUUGCUUAAAGCAAUACAUAGUGCUGAAUGUGGCAUUUGGGUAUUUCACACUCCUCUGAAGAAUUCCACUAAGUGUGAGCCAGGAAGAGAUCAGUGUCUGGUUGCAUGAGAUGUUUUUUGGCAAUGAAGCCUGUUUGAGAUGCUCCUGCUGAUCUUUCUCUCCUCAUUCCCAAACUGCUUGUUACUCUCCUCACGUUGCAGCGUCUGCUCUCUCCGGUUUGCUGAUACAACUGCUUCUGGGGUUGCAGGUUAAAAAUAUCCCUCCAAAGAGAAGUGGUGGUGUUUUUAUUUUAGCUGAGAUUAUGCCAGCAAUUUAUUUUAUAGGAUGUUUUGUGAACAGCUGUGUCAGUACAGUUGGGGGUUGAGGGGGGGUUAACAAAUUCCAGUUUGGAAGUGGGAAUGAGCAGGGACAUCUUAGAGGCUUUGCUGCUAAGGGACACUUAAGAGCACCUCUAAGGUAAAGUUGUUGCAAGUGAAUAAACUGUAAUGCUGCAUAUUUGCUUUAACCAUGGUUCUAUGCUUCUCAGUCCUCUUCAAUAAAAAAUUAGGACCUAGAAGUUGCUUUUUACUGGCUGCUUUUAUUUUUCUGCAAAAUGAAUGUACCAUGGAUAUCUGUCACACAAGUUACGUUUGCGUAAGACUUUAUAUUUGGCCUCUAACAGGCCUUUUCCACAGCACUAGGAAGGAUGGGGGAAAUGUCUGUCUACUCGAUCAGGUGCCUUCUGCUAAAUCCCCUUAGCGUGUGGUAUGAUCAAGAAUGAAAAAGGUACCCGCAGCUCCCCGAGCAGCUCAUAUCCUGGGUCAAAUCUUUAUCUAAAUGUGCAUUGACAGCAAUGCUGAUAACUUACAGGUUGUUUUGUCUGGGCAAGGUUCUUUCAAGCUUUAUUACCUGAAGUUUGCCUGUAUUGUAAAUUGUCAUGCCAAGUGGUGAAGGUAACUGUGUAAAUUGUAUAUAGUAAGGCAGUUCUAUGUACAGCCAUAGGUGACUUUGAGUAGCUGCAGGUUAAUAGUGCUUGAUCUUCCUGCUAACCUCUGUCAAUUAUGAAAUUAAUCUCCAGGACAGGCGUGAGCAGGAUUGUAUUGCCAGUUCUGUAACUCUUCCUUACAUUUGUGUCCCCUGGAUAUAUUUACAGACAACCAGAAGUUUGGUAACAUGAAGGACACUGAAAGGCAGAGGAAGUGAAUUGGUGAUCAUGGCAAGUUUAUGCAUGUAUGACAUCGGUCUGCAGUGCUAUCAUAAGGACCAGGCAAACAAAACACUGCUUUGUGGAAAUGACCUUCCAAGGAAGAUGAAUGAAACAAUCUUAUUCAUGUCCUUGAAAUUGUUCACUACAGUGGGUGUUUGCCUGGAAAAGAUUUUAGUUGAACUGAAAUUAGUUAAGUUGAACAGAAUUCUAAAAAAGGUCUUAGAAUCGUGGAAUCAUUUGGUUGGAAAAAAACUUAAGAGUCCAACUGUACACCUAACACUGCCAAGUCUACCAUUAAACUAUGUCCCUAAGUGCCACAUCUCUGCAUCGUGGGUUGAUAUUUUAUUAAUCCACCUUAGGGUGGUUUAACAUUAAUAAGUUUUUCUGAAGUGACUGUUUGUAGACAACUUCUUCCCAUGGAAUAUUACUGUGCUGUUUGGUCCAAAAGCAGCAUGUUAUAGCAUGCGUAGAAGAAACACACCAGAUACCUGAAUCAUUUGCCUUUGGGGUUUUCCCUGAUCUAUCCGAACAGGACCAAAGGAGUCACCAGGGCAAAGUCACAAGCACUAGGUUCCUGUCAUUCUUUUCAUAAAUGUCUUGAGUUUUGUCUUCAAGAUUGUUAGGCUUCUUUAUUUGCCAGAACCUCAAGGCUGAACUGAUUAGCAACCUUGUAAGGAUGUCUCCACACAAGAGCUAGAAAUUCAAACCGAGACUGUUUACCAGAGCCCAGCUAUCGACCUCUCCCAGGUCACAUAAGUGAACUUCUUGGAUGUCACUGUGCCUGCCCAGCACUUUAAAGUGAAAUGGAGAGCGGUUGACUUCAACGUGAUUUGGCAGCUGGGGGCAGUAAUCCUUUAACAAAUUGCAAUAGCAUGACUCACUAAAGGUAUUCUAAUUUAUAGCCUAAAUAUAUUUCCUGGUCAGUUUUUCCCCUCUUUUCUUGUGCCAAUAUUGGCACUUUGUUUACCACUGCUCUCUUCCCUCUCCCCGUGGAUUUACAGUGCAGUUGGCUGCUGUCUGUAACCUACAGACUGAAGGGAGUCAGACACGCGUUCCAGGGACUGUGUCUGUGCCAUACAGCACUGGAAGAAUAAUUAAAUCUGCAGUUAGGUCUGUGCCUCAAGAUCAGUUUCAGUGUCAUGAGAUACGGAGAAUCUCCAGGCAGGUUAACAAGCGCACAGCUUUGGGUUUGAGGUUUAGUUCAUUUGCAAAGAUUUGGAUAAUUCUUCAGUAAAACUAAUUAACCUCCUGCAGUUUUAGUAACUAAUAUUAGAGCGUCUACUCCUGCUGCAUCAGUUGGCUGUGUCAUUUUCUAAGGGAAGUUUCAUAUAGUAAUAGGUCAGAAGGAAACUGUCGUUUGUCUGGUUGCGCUCGAGGUAGCCCUGAGAACCCCGGGACUACAUCCCAGCGCCGGGGACCAGCACCAGCUGCCCCAGGGACAGGUCACGCAGCUCCCACAGGCAGUUGUCUGCUCUUUGCUUCGCUAGUCACUGGUUUUGUACACUGAGGUGUUGUAUGUCCUUUGGACAGAAACUGAUUGUGGCCAUUCCCUGUGGGAGGUGGGUAUGUAUGGCAGAGGGGAGAGGGCCUGUAAUAGGAAAAGGAAAUUACAAGUUUCCUUGAAACUUGAUUUCUGUUGCCUCCUGUCUCCACCCCUACCUCGCUGCUGGUAACUGAGGGCACAGCACUGCUAGUUCUUGCCAUUUUUUCACAAGCCUCGUGAUUUUUUGCAUCUUCAUAAAACUACUGAUCCUGAAAGUUUUUGUUUUUCAGUAUUCUUGUAGUCUUUCAGACUGCAACAUGAAUCCAAAAGGUACAAAGAGCAAGAAGGCG